GUAUUUGUCUUCUGUAAGCAUCAACACAGCAAUGCCAAAGUAAGUAAACAUAUUUGACUUAAAAUGAAUCAAAUUUACUAUAGAUGGUAUACAUUUGUUUAAAUAUGAAACUGCGAACGCCGUUAACAUCAUUCGAAGGCAACCCGUUGUGUGUUUGGGAAGGUAUGAAGAGUACUGUUCAGUCACAGACAUAUACCUUAUUAAUAUUACAGAAUAUACAGUACAAUCUCAUACACAAAUACUCAUAAAUAGAAUUGUCCAUGUCACUUCAUGUCAAUGAAUAUGACGACACGAAAAUUACAUUAGAAACUAAGAAUAGACAAUUGCACUUGUAAACUCGAACCCACCAAAAAGGAUGAAGCAAUAAACUAUUUACUUUAUUGCUGCCAAGUACCUAAGUAAAUGCACUGAAAUGUAACCCCCGCACAGAGUAAUUGCACCCUAUCUAAAAAUACACUCACAUGGAGCCUGUGCGUUCCUUCCUAUACAAUAAGAGUACCACUGCUAGCUAUAUAAGGAGAUCCAUUUGUUCAAUAAAACUCAGUAUCAGAAACAACCACAACUGCCUGUCACUAAUUUUCCCAUCGCAAUCAUCAGAGGCUGUCGCCGUGUCUUCAGAUCCUGAUUUCGCGGUCAUACAUCGAUGCAUCGAAGAAUAAAUCCGAUGUAUCAAUCCAACAUCGAUGUUUGAUUUUGACAACAUCGAUGGACAUCGACAUCGAUGUUUUCAUUCAAAUUUACAUCACUAGGGAGAAUUCACGUAUACAAUUUUCGCGAACGGUGCGAAACGAAAUAAAAAAUCGGUGAAAAUUUCCGGCUUAUCGAUAUUAUUUUCCAGAAAUACAAAAUCGUAUCUGACAAUAACCCAAACGCGCGAGUUAUAAUAAUUUUAUUUGAAAAAUGACUCCGACUCCAAAGCCAGCAGCCAAAGAUGCACCGUCAAUAACUUGCGACGACGAAUCGUUGGUCAACGCGGCAGAACUCUUCCUGAAGCGCACGAAGUCAUUGAAACGCACUCGCGAUAAGAAGCAGCGCUUACUUCGCCAUCUACGCAAGUCGAUGAAACCGAAAAAUGCCCUGAUCGUUCUCAACGAGCUCAAUAAGGAUAAGGGCAUUAAAAUAAGUGAUUUUACCAUCAAUAGCAAUCCUAAUGGCAGCUACACUGCCAUAGUCACGGUCAACUCGAACCAGUACCAGAAAACGGCGUUCUCCAAGAUGGCGGCCAAGAAAUUGGCCUGUGAGGCAGCAUUGCGUGAUUAUGCCAUUGCAAAAAUGAAGGCAACACCACGCAAACCGAAGACCAAUGAUGAGGAAAACCAACCAUCGACCAACCAUGUCGCAGAACCCAUGGACAACGAUGGAAGCGACACUGAAAGCAAAGACGAUGCAAAAAUGAAGGCAAGACCACGCAAACCGAAGACCAAUGAUGAGGAAAACCAACCAUCGACCAACCAUGUCGCAGAAUCCAUGGACAGCAAUGAAAGCGACACUGAAAGCGAAGACGAUUUCCUAAAGCUCAAUUUGGCAUCGUAUGCAAUGUAUAAAUUAUUCAGAAAGUGGAAGCGCAACGGUUACUUUCGGGACGAACAGCAUCCAUUGGCAAAAGCACAGCCGCAGCAGGAGGACACCAAAGCAGCAGUUUCCAUCGUCCCCAAGGAACAGAAGAAUCCACGAGGCCGUGCCGAAUUGCCACCAAACUGGCAGACCAUGCACCCGGCCUCAUUGCUCCAAAUUAUGCGCCCUGGAAUUAAGUAUUUUCAUUAUGACAAGGACGUCGAGCUCCAACGUAUCGGUGUGAUCGUUGACAACCAGAAGAUUACGGCCUAUGGGUGCUCAAAGAAAGUAGCACGGCGCAAUGUGGCCGCGAAUGCUUGCAACAUAUUGUUCGGUACCAAUUUCACACCUGGAGGGUAAAACCCAAAAAAUGAUCAACAAAAGCAUAAAUAAUUUUAAAAUAUUUCUCCGGAUGAAGAAUAAAUAUUUUGCUUAAAUUUAA